AAGCACCAGGCCAUCAGUCUCAUGGGAUCAGCUGGAAAGCACUCAAUGGCCUGAUAUCCUUCAGUGCAAGUACCAUGAUGUUUAUUACAACACAGACCAUGAAGUAUUGGAGAACUCCUGCAGUGCAAUGAAAGAGCAAUACUUAGUUAAUGAAACAGCUGCUACUUGCACAUCUAAUCUGGAAAGUUCAGUGCUUCUCCAAUCCAAAUCCAAGAAACCUUCAAGCACGGCUUGUGUUCCUGUGAACAAGGACCGCACCACGCUGCAAGGCCACCAACAGAAGCAUUCUUUCUCAUCAACACGGAAUGAUCCUGUUGCAUCAACAUCUCUUCAGAGGAGCCCACAAAAGGAGAGCAUGUCACAAAAAACAGUCCCUCUAACCUGGAAUAGCCCACAAGCUGCUGCUUCUUCCUUUCUGCGAAAGAGCCCACGUAAAAAUACCAAACAGCACGAAUGUGAUGAUCCAAGGAAAGAGAGAGUUGAUGCAAAUCGUGCAGCAUCUGAGAAACUCCGGAUGAAACUGCGUGUCGCUGUGGCGAAUGCUCUGGAAAAGAAUGGUGUGUCUCAAACCAGCCCCCUUUACAAGGCUUGCGGCAAGAAGCUUUUUGCUAUUUGUAGUACCUUUGCUAAGGACCUUAUUGGCUGUGGUCGUACAAGUGAGCUGCUACAAAACAUUGCAGAUUCCCAUGCAAAGCAGGUUGUUAAUUUUGAAAUGCUGAAGCCUGGAAUCUGCAAGUCUGAGACUUCGGAAGCCACUGAAUGAGCUGUUCAUGUUUUUGUUAAUAAAAAGUUUGUUUUUUGUUCACACAUUCAUAUCUACAUAGAUCAUG